AAAACAAGAAUUAAUAUUCAUCCAUUUGUGGGGGAAGUAGGUUUAUAAACUUAUUAUCCGUUUCCCUACAGAUGGGGGAAUGGGGCGGUGGGUGGCUCUGCUGAAUUCCGCCAUUUUUGCGUUUCUUUGAUGCACCGAUUCACCACCACUCGCUCCAAAUCCCAUUCGCUGCGAUGUCUCUCUAUUUUCCCAUUUCUUCUCUUCCUCAAUUUCACUUACCCUUUUCUUCUCAGCCUCUCUCUUACCCUAACUUGACUCCUCUUCAUUCACUUCAUUUUUCCUCUUCUUCAUAUCUUCCUUCUUCCUCUUCCACUUUCAUUCACCGAUGCACAGUUGGCGCCUGCUUCAGAUUCUCUUCCAUGGCCGGAGCCUUCGAUUCUUUAACCGGUUUGUCUUCCUGUCGUGUUUUUAGCGGCGAUGGGACAAGGGAGUUUUGUAGCGGGAGCGAGGAAGAAGAGGAGGAGGAGGAGGAUGAAGGCAACGUCUCCGAUGAAGAAUUUGUGGUCGGAAUUGAAGAAUCUAAUGACAUAAAUGGUUUGCCUGAUCGAUGGGAUGUCUUGGGGCUUGGACAAGCUAUGGUAGAUUUCUCUGGUAUGGUGGACGAUGAGUUUCUGAAGAAGCUAGGACUAGAGAAGGGUACAAGGAAGCUUGUAAAUCAUGAGGAAAGAGGCAGAGUGUUGCGGGCGAUGGAUGGCCACAGCUAUAAGGCGGCUGCUGGAGGGUCUCUUUCCAACAGCCUUGUGGCCUUGGCAAGGCUGGGUAUUAGACCCAUGAAAGGCCCUACUUUCAAUGUAGCCAUGACUGGUAGUGUAGGGAGUGAUCCAUUGGGCAGCUUCUACAGGACGAAACUAAGACGUGCAAAUGUUCAUUAUCUUUCUCCUCCUGUCAAGGAUGGGACAACAGGAACAGUCAUUGUUCUUACUACCCCUGAUGCUCAGCGAACAAUGCUUGCGUAUCAGGGUACAUCUUCCAUUGUGAAUUAUGGUCCAGCGUUAGCUAGUGUAAUUAGCAAGACAAAUGUACUUGUAGUUGAAGGGUAUUUAUUUGAAUUUCCUGAUACGAUCAAAACGAUUCAAAAAGCAUGUGAGGAAGCACAUCGAAGCGGUGCUCUUGUUGCAGUCACGGGUUCAGAUGUCUCUUGCAUCGAAAGACAUUUUGACGAUUUUUGGGAAAUUGUGGGGAACUAUGCUGAUAUUGUUUUCACAAACCAUGAAGAAGCUGGAGCUUUAUGUCAUUUUGACUCCAAGGAAAGCUCUAUAUCAGCGGUAAGAUAUCUUAGUCAUUUCGUUCCCCUCGUCUCAGUCACGGAUGGGCACCGAGGUUCUUACUUAGGUGUUAAAGGAGAAGCAGUAUAUAUCCCACCCUAUCCAUGCGUACCUCUCGAUACUUGUGGUGCUGGAGAUGCAUAUGCAUCUGGUAUAUUGUAUGGUAUCAUGCACGGAGUCACGGAUUUGAAACAAAUGGGAACAUUUGCAGCCAAAAUCGCAGCCAGAGUCGUCGGGCAACAAGGAACUCGUUUAAGCGUUCAAGAUGCCAUGGAACUUGCAGAUUCGUUUUCUUGCUUUCAGUCUGAUAUCGGUUCAUCGCAUGCCUAGACUGUAUCAUGCAACUUGAUCUUUAAGCUCAUUUUCUUUAUUAAGGGCUCAAGACUCCAUGGAGAUCGUUCAAGGGUUCAAGGUGCCAUGGGAGAUGGCAUAUUCAUUUUCUUGCUUUCAGUCUGAUAUCUGAACUGUACAACUUGUUCUUUAUUGAGUUCUCUCAUCAAAGAAAAUACAUAUGAAAGUGAAGAUGUAUGGAGAUGCGCUUGUAAGCCUCACAUGUUAGUAAAUGUGUAUAUUGUUUCUUUUUUCCUA